UUCCGAGUUCACUCCUGGUUCCCGGAAGUCAACUACUUGGCUGCCACAUGGCGGCGCUCCACUCGGUCGUAGGACGGGUAGGAGAGGAGUGAGACGAGCCCCGCCAGACGGUGAUGCCCCGGCUACCUCGAUAUCCCCACCAACUACUGAACGGAAUAAGAAGAACUUGCGAACAUCUGACCACAUGAUAAGACCGAGCUCUAAUCGGACACCAAACAGUGGGCGUCUGAGUGUGAAGAGGGAAUCACCAUAUGCUCGGCUCCCAUCUAUAAGCAAACGGAAUAGUCAUUCAAAAGGUCGGGGACGAUCUGCUCGGACUGAUGCUGAAUGGAUAGAGGUUGAGGUGACGAGAAACACGGAAACAGGGGGCGAUCGACGAUACGUGGUUGGUAAACUUCUUAUUCAAGAGGGGCAGCCUCCUCGAGCAAUCCAUGAGGCCGUUAUGGCAUUCAGCCAGAAGCACAGACUAAAGGCAUCGGAGAUAGUCGAAUUGCACAAAGUGUUGAAGCAUAAAUUGGAUACGAAAGAUUAUGACGAUAUCCCCGCAGAGAGCGAUAAACUCCAAGAGUGUCCAAUAUCUUCUCCAUGCCUAGAAAACUCCACACCGCCUCACGUCAAUGCGGGCGUAGAUCCCAAUGGCAAACCUCCCUUCUCAAGCCCAAGACCGUCCCACCUCCACUCUCCCUCGGCUUCUAUCGAAUCGCCCACCGAGGCUGCCGCUAUCCCGGGAAAUGCAGCAAGUGCGCCAAAUGACUGCGAGCUGAGUUUCGGCAGCAGUUCCAGUCUGGAGGAGAAUCUCCAUCGAUUUGAUCAAUCGAGUCUCGAAGGAGCAGCCAAUCCGCAAGGGACAUCCUCUGCUUGAUUGUUUUAUUUAUCAUUGCCUUUCACAGCCUUCGUUAAUUAAGCUUAUACGUCGCACUAUUUCAUAAUG